AUGGAGAAUCUGCCCAGACAUGUCUUUUCCAGGAUAUCUACCUCUAUCACCUCCUUCGCACGCAGAAAUGUUGUUCCGUGCCUUGGAGUGCCUUUUUCUGGUCUUUGCUGCUUUAUGUACAGCAUGGAUUUUGAUGGCCGUUGGGAACGAAGAAAUUCAGAAGCUAAAAAUGAUAUAAAGGAGAGCUCAGAAGUACUGUCCUCCCUUAGGAAAAAAAGGACGGAAUUGGAGGUCGGUAUUGAGAGGUUACAAGAAGAAAUCAGGAAUGGUGGGGAAACAGGAAUGGUGGGGAAAGAAAGUGGGAGUAUAGAGUUUGAUCGUGAUGAUGAGCUGUUUGCCACUGCUGGAGUUUCACGGCGUAUAAAAAUCUUCGGUUUCUCUUUGGAGGUUGUCAAUGAACCUACUGAUGUGCACCCUGUUGUUGAGGUGGCAACACGGUCUAAGCUUAGCUAUCUGAGCCGGAAUCGCUUCACGAAAAGUCAAAUAGCUAGUAGUGAUUACGAGGGAAAAAGUAACUGUUUGGGAUGCAUCUACACAGCAGACCCUUCAAUGCUCGUGUCUGGUAGUGACGACUGCAAGGUUCUUACCUUUAAUGGGCACACGAACGAGAAGAAUUUUGUGGGCCUAACGGUGAACAAGGAGUUCCUAGCUUGUGGCAGUGAAUCGAAUGAAGUGGUUGUCUAUCACAAGACACGGGGCUCCCACAUCACCGACGAGGAGGUAGCUCAAUUCGGCAUGAAUAAUGAUAAGUACAUGAUAAAUCAACUUGCUGAGAUGUUCACUAAUUACAUAGCGAAAGGCGCAGAUUUUGAGGCGGUGCGCAAAGCUGGGCUUCGAAACAUGUUAUACGCGUGGCAUAAGAAUGGGCCGCUGACUUAUCUAAACCGAAAUGCCUACUUCUGGUAA